AGACUAGAAAGAAGCCUCGCUUCCUCGUGCCGCUAGAGAAAUGUCUUCCUUCACCGGAUCAAAGUCUGUUUUCUUCUUCGUUGAUUGUUCUCAGAAAAUCUGGAGUCCAGACAGGCUUGAGCCAGGAGAGGGUGACCCCUUGAGGGCGGACCCCGCGGCAGGGCGCUUCUCUUCCCUUCUCAGACCCAGGAGAGCUGCGCCCCCUCUCCGCGCGCGGGGAGAGGACUGAGCUGAGCCGAGAAAUCCGUUACCAGGCUGCUGUGUCCCCAAGGGCCAUUCCAGCGCGGAAGAGGACCGGGCGAACCGCUGUGUUGAUCCUCGGCCCUGUGGGCUGGGCGCGCGGCGGGUCAGGUUACAGACAGAUCAGAGUCCUGGAGAGUCUCUCUGCCGCCUCCACCUUCCGCCCGCCGAGCUUUCAACUAGCCGGGGAAACCAUCUACCAAGUCCGGAGGGACUGAGCCAUUUUCUUGAUUGCCUGUCGGAGACAAAUCCACCUGGGGGCGGGGAGGGGGGUGCCACUGGCAGGAAGCUCCAACUCUUCGGAUGGAUGCCCCGGGAGGCGGGCCUGGGGACUCACCUCUAAGAAUUUGCCCUGGGGUUCCUGUGAGGGGGACCGGAGCAAGAGGCUGAUUUAAAAAAACGUUCUUCCCUUUUUAAAAAGGGGAGGGGGGGAAGAAUCAGACGUUAAAUUCUUUUGCAAACAUUCAUGCCUAAGGAAGGGCUGGAACAGGCAGCCCCGGCCGCCGGAACCGGUCGGACAGGUAGCGAGCUUGUUGACACCGUUAUGUUGCAGGGCGCAUGCUCACUCCCAAGUUUCCUGGUGCCUUUUCUAUUCCACCUUAUGAAACUUUUUCCUCGGCGUGGUCUCACCCGCGAUUUAAGGCAUAGGUGUCGCCGAGCCUGGAGGCUGGGAGUCGCCGGGCGUGCGGGGGAGAGGCCUGGGCCGCGGCGCGGCGGGGGCUGGAGGGAGAGGGCCAGCGAGGCGGGAAGGUGGGCUCUGGCCGCCGGGAGCCGGGCACCGAGCCCCCGCCGCAGCCUGUAGCGGGGAGCAGGGGAGGAGGGGGCCGCCGGCCGCGGAGGGGGCCGCACGAUGCCCAAAGUCUUCCUGGUGAAGAGGAGGAGCCCGGGGGUCUCCGUCCGCAGCUGGGAUGAGCUCCCAGACGAGGAAAGGGCAGACACCUACAUCCCAGUGGGCCUGGGCCGUCUGCUCCACGACCCCCCCGAGGACUGCCGCAGCGACGGCGGCAGCAGCAGCGGCGGCGGCAGCAGCAGCGCGGGGGAGCCUGGAGGCGCAGAGAGCAGCUCGUCCCCGCGCGCCCCCGAGCGCGAGAUCCCCGAACCCGGCGACGCCGAGGGCCCCGGCGGACACCUGGCGGCGACGCAGCGCCCGGGCGCCAGGUCGAAAAUCAAGUUCACCACAGGCACGUGCAGCGACCCAGCGGCCCACAACUGUGAGCUGUGCGGCAAGGGCUUCCGCCUGCAGCGCAUGCUCAACCGCCACCUCAAGUGCCACAACCAGGUGAAGAGGCACCUGUGCACCUUCUGUGGCAAGGGCUUCAAUGACACCUUUGACCUGAAGAGGCACGUCCGCACGCAUACAGGCAUUCGCCCCUACAAAUGUGACAUCUGCAACAAAGCCUUCACCCAGCGCUGCUCCUUGGAGUCGCACCUGAAGAAGAUCCACGGGGUGCAGCAGCAGUACGCCUACAAACAACGUCGGGACAAGCUUUAUGUCUGUGAGGAUUGUGGCUACACGGGGCCCACCCAGGAGGACCUGUACCUGCACGUGAACAGUGCCCACCCGGGCAGCGCCUUUCUCAAAAAGACAUCCAAAAAACUAGCGGCUCUUUUGCAAACCAAGCUGAUGUCCACACGCCAGGGGAAUGCCAACCUGAGCGAGGAGGAGAAGUGAAGAGGAGGAGGAGCUGGGAGAAACUCCAGAGCUGGCACGUUGAUAGGAGUUUUGGGUUUGGAAUGUCCCCCACCUUAUGUGGGUUUCGUUCAUUCCCCUGUCCUUCCAGGGCCUGAGCUGGGGGAUCUGUUCUAAUGAGGGUUGUCAAUGAUCAUAGAGGAGCCAGGCCCCCCGUAACCCACAUCCUGUUGAACAGUCACAUUAACAAAAGUUUGUGUUGAUCAUGAUUGCUGUGAGAUGUUUUCCUUUUUUCUUUCUUUCUUUCUUUCUUUCUUUUUUUUUUUUUUAAAGGAUUUUCAUAUGUGGAGGCAGAGGUGUUCUUAGAGAGACUAUCAUUUAUGGUGCCUUGAAAUAAAAGUACUUCUACUUGCAGUGCUACUCAA